GUUACACUGAAGUCCACAGUAAGGCUGCCUGCAGCACUGUGUCUAGUCUGUGUAGUAAAAGUAAAAGUUGUUAUUAAACUUAUAAGUUAAGUUAAUUUUAACCCCCUCUCCGCUGCCUCCGCAAGUUAACCGAUAACCUAAGACCUGUCAGUGUCACCUUACCGCAACUAGUAACUCCUCACUUAGCCAAUAUAAGCCCUUAGCCAAAUUAUAGAGCGAAUCGUUCAAUCAGACAGACAGUGACUGUGUCUGUCACUCACACAGUCACAGGCUCAGUCUCAGUCUGUCUGUCAUAGCAGUGUGUCACUCACUGAGGGCCAGGGCCUGGGAGAAGGAGGACUCGGAUUCAGGAAUCAUCAUAUGCGACAUUGCGGGCCGGGUCAGGUGGGGUGGGCCGGCGGCUUACGUGACGUCAUGAUACUGAGUGAGUUUACUGACUUGUUCUCACCACGUGACAUAGUGGAGGGAGCCUCAGCCUGGGAGCGGCUGUGUCAGUGAGUAUCAGUACUGUAUGAUGCAGCAGGCCACGUGGGGUCACGUGGGAGCAGCAGGGACUGAAGAGACGGCGGGACUGGCGGCAACUUGGGCAGCAGCAAAAAAGCUGAGCAGAGGCAGGCAGCAGCAGGCACAUUCGGUUCAAGUCAGAAGAUCAUCACGACAUGAAUUCACUAUCAUAGUUUAUAACUUCACAAUGGACCUCUCAGGAAUUGGAACAUUAUUUUUGAUCUUCUGCCUUACUUUUCUGAUAUUUUAUAUAAUGUGGAUAAGGAACAAAAAGCUGCAGGGAAUGCCACCUGGGCCCAAGCCGCUGCCUCUACUGGGGAACAUAUUACAGCUUGAUGUGCAAGAACUGCCACAGUCAUUCUCAAAGCUUGCAAAGGAAUAUGGAUCUGUGUUCACUGUCUAUUUGGGGCCAAGACCAACUGUUAUCUUGUUUGGUUAUGAUGCAGUCAAGGAAGCUCUUGUAGACAACGCAGACAUUUUUGGCAAUAGAGGAGAGGCACCUGCUGCACAGCUUCUAUUUAAGGGUUACGGAAUCAUUCUCAGUAAUGGCGAAAGAUGGAAACAGCUCAGGCGAUUUUCUCUCACCACAAUGAGAAAUUUUGGGAUGGGAAAGAGAAGCAUAGAGGAGAGAAUCCAAGAGGAAGCGCGUUGUCUUGCAAAUGAAUUUAGGAAGCAAAAAGAUUCUCCUUUCGACCCCACCUAUCUUCUUUCCUUGGCCGUUUCUAAUAUAAUCUGCUCUAUCGUGUUUGGUGAGCGUUUUGACUAUGAAGAUGAUAAGUUUUUGGGUCUUCUGUCCAUGUUGAAGGAAAUCCUUCAGACCUUAAACUCCAUUACAGGCCAGAUGCUCAAUACAUUUCCUAAGCAGCUUCAAUACAUCCCUGGACCUCACCAAAAAGUGUUCAGAAUCAUAGGGCUCCUAAAAGGCUUUGUGAUGGACAAAGUGAAAGAGCAUAAGGAAACCUUGAAUGAAAACUGUCCAAGGGAUUAUAUAGACUGUUUUCUAACAAAAAUGAUGGCGGUAAAAGGACAACCAGGACAAACAGAAUUUCACCAUGAAAAUCUCUUUAUUAGCGUAAUUAAUCUGUUUUUUGCUGGAACAGAAACCACAAGUAUGACUUUACGACACAGCCUGCUCAUUCUUCUCAAGUAUCCAGACAUUAGACAAAAGAUCCAAGAGGAGAUUGACCGGGUUAUUGGACAAGAUCGAUCUCCUUCAGUUGAGGAUAGGUCUAAAAUGCCAUACACAGAUGCAGUUAUACAUGAGAUCCAGAGAUUUGCUGAUAUUACUCCCCUAGGACUCCCACAUGCCGUGUCUCAGACAACCACAUUUAGAGGCUAUACAAUACCCGAGGGAACAACAGUGAUCCCUCUAUUGACAUCUGUGCUGAAGGAUCCUGAACAUUUUAAGAAUCCAAAAACUUUUGACCCAGGGCACUUUCUUGAUGAGAGCGGCUGCUUGAAGAAGAAAGAAGCCUUCAUGCCAUUUUCUGCAGGGAAACGGAUUUGCCUGGGUGAAGGCAUGGCUCGAAUGGAGUUAUUCCUCUUUUUAACCUCCAUUCUGCAGAGGUUCAACCUGAAAUCGGAAGACGACCCACAGAGCAUUGAUAUCUCUCCUCAACCCAAAAGCAAUAGCUCCAUCCCUCGUCUCUAUAAAUUGAGCAUGCUGGAACGUUAAUUAUCUUGGUAUUUUUUGCUGUUUAUCAUAUGUGUCAAUCAACUUAAAGUGCCAGUAAACCUAGAAAAUAAUGUUAU